AUGCAGCAAUUUGUAACAAGCAUUGAAAAAGAAAUGGGUGAAAUAACAACGCUAAAUACAUUUGCUGAAUUUUUAGGUUUAAUGGGUGAAGAUGUAAAAGCAGAAGAAUAUUAUAAGAAAAUGUUGUGUACCAGCAACAAAAAUACAAAUUCUGAUCAAACUGUAAAAGCGUAUAAGGGCUUAGGUCGCAUUGCCUUUAAUAAUGGUGAUUAUCAAAAAUCAAUCGAAAUAUUCCAGAAGAUACUCGUUCUUAAUAAUCAGUCUCUGACCAUAUUAUCUGAUGUUAAUUUUCGUAUCGGACAAUCAUACAAAUAUUUAGAAGAUUACAACCGGUGUUUAACAUAUUACACAAAAGCUCUUGCUGAUCGAACUAGUUCAUUGUUACCAAUGAGAUACAUAGAAAUUUCACGCAUUUAA